AUGGACAUCCAAUUCAUAUUAGACCCGUUUGCGUGCGCAGUAUAUAUUGUUGACUAUAUUAACAAGGCUGACCGAGGGAUGUCUCGUCUUUUGCGUGAAGCUUUGGACGAAGCUAAAAAAGGAAAUAAAAGUGUUAAAGACUCAUUAAGAAUAGUAUCUAAUGUAUUCUUAAAUUCUAGUGAGAUCUCUGCUCAAGAGGCAAUUUAUGUACUGACUGGUUUACCGCUGUCACGAGCUAGUGAAGCUGCAAUGUACAUAAACACUAGUUUGCCACAAGAGCGAGUGCAUAUUUUAAAAAGUUACCUUGAUUUGCAAAGCCUCGAACCUGAUUCUUCCGAUAUAUUCCAAAAGGCUAGUUCAAUAGAAACUCUCAAUGACAGUUCUCAAGCAAUUAAUUAUUCCCAGGCUGUUGAAGAAGUUGAAGCGGAAGGGAAUUGGAUUCCUUUGCAAGAUAAUUUAGGAUACAUACGGAAAAGAACUAAAACUCGAGUAAUACGAUUUCGCCGGUACAGUUACAUUGAUGAUCCAGACAAUUUCUAUAGGGAACAGAUAAUGCUAUACAUCCCUUGGCGAAGCGAGGAGGAAGAAUUACUAAAUCCCAACAUAAAUAUAAAGGACAUAUUUGACGAGUAUAAAGAAAGAAUAAAGGCCGAAAGUAAACAAUUCAAUAAACUAGGUGAUGCUGAAAUGUUUGAAACAUUGCUAACAGAAAUAAGAAAUGUAGAAUUAAUAAACGAAGAAGAAGAUUUGCAAGGAAGAGGAGUCAACGUGGAUGUAUUUGAAGGCUUUGAAUUUGAGACGCAAACAGUAGAUAUAGCAGAAGAACUCAUUCCAGGCGGUAAUCCCGGGCCGCAAUUGUGUGGUGACCCCUCAACUUUCAUUGCGCAACCACCUGUCUUGUCCCAUGACGAUUUUUUGAUUCUUACUAGAAAACUAAAUGAUGCUCAAAGAGACACGUUGUUUCAUAUUUAUCAACACUUUUCCAUUACUUCUCCACAUCCACUAUAUUUAUUUAUCAGUGGUGGGGCUGGCGUUGGCAAAAGUAUUCUGAUUAAAGCAAUUUAUCAAUGCCUAACUCUCUUAUUUAACAGAGAAGCUGGUAGUAAUCCCGAUGAAUUAAAAAUACUUUUAACAGCUUUUACCGGUAAAGCUGCAUUCGGAAUAGGAGGGCAAACAAUCCAUAGCGCACUUGGACUUCCAGUGUCUCAAGCGGGCAAUAUUUUACCAGAGCUGUCACCAAGUGUGGCCAAUACUCUGGCCACAAAACUAGCAAAACUACGUUUAAUUGUAAUUGAUGAAAUUUCAAUGCUAGGAUCCAGGACAUUCCAUCAAAUAAAUCGUAGACUUCAGCAAAUAUUUCAUUCUUCUACCUUCUUUUCUGGAAUUUCAGUGAUAGUAGUUGGAGACUUCAGACAAUUACCACCUGUUGGCGACAACUGGGUGUUUCAAGCUAAUUCUCGAAAUCCUUUAGCAGAAAUAGCAGGUACGCCGCUUUGGGAUUUAUUUGUACUGACAGAGCUUAAAGAAAUAAUGCGUCAAAGGGAUGAUGUUGCCUUUGCAACGGCAUUAAAUAAUAUGGCUAGUGGAUGUAUGUCACCUGAAGAUGUCAAUUUAAUUGAAGGUCGGUGCUUUAGUAAAUCAUCACUUCCAGACACGUGUAAGGGCGCAGUUCAUCUAUUCAGCAGUAACCGAGAAGUUGAUGGGCAUAAUUCUAAAAUACUCUCAAAUAUGACUACCGAAGGAGCGAUAUCCCGGGCUGUGGAUAGAGUAAGUGGCGAAGCUAAUCCUGCUAUGAAAGAAAAAGCUCUAAACACAGUUGCCAAGUUACCCACGUCUCAAACCUACGGAUUACCUAAUGCUAUAACUUUAAAAAUCACGGCUAAAUAUAUGAUGACAGUAAAUAUUAACACGUCAGACGGACUAGUGAAUGGAACCACGGGGGUACUGACUGCGAUUGAUUUUGCAGUCAAUCCAACUACCGGUGAGAGAAGACCAUUACGCAUUUGGAUAUGUUUCGAUGACGUAAAUAUAGGCAAAUUAAAAAGAAUUCAGAGCUCAACAUCCCUCACUCGUUAUCAAACACGGCUAAAAAAUAAUUGGACUCCAAUAGAGCCAGUUACGUACACUGUGAAAAGGUACAAAUCUUCAAACUUACAAGUGCGUCGCAGUCAAUUCCCAGUAGUUCCCGCUGAAGCUGUUACUAUACAUAAAAGUCAGGGUUCCACCUUAGAAAAAGUUGUAGUACAUUUAAAGCCCAAUAUUUUAAGAUCUAUGUUAUACGUCGCCUGCUCACGUGCCACUAGCUCAAAAGGUUUAUUCAUUGUUACCGAGACCUUUCGUCCUCCACGUCCACCAUCUGAGCAUGAUUCCGUCGUAACGGAAAUGCGAAAAUUAAAAUUAAAUCCCCUGAUUCCCAUAUAUCGCUUUUUAAGAGAGCCCCGCAGUUCCUGCCAAAUUAUGUUCCAUAACGUACAAUCUCUACGUAAACACUUGCAGGAUGUAGUAACCGAUCCGCAGACGAUGGCAUGCGACAUUUAUUUAGCCGUAGAAACUUGGAGUUGCCUUCAAGAUUUAUUCAAUAUGAAUAAUUUUGAAGAAAUAGUUCGAACAAAUGGCCCGAAACAGUAUUCUGCAAACCCCGGCUUUGGUGUAUCUGCAAUGAUAAAACAUAAUCUAGAAUAUUCCAACCCACGAUCUUACAGUGAAAUUUCCGGAACUGAGCACUGUGAAGCAGUAUCUUUUGAAGUAAAUAAUGUGAAAAUAGUAGCCUUAUAUAGAUCAUGCAAAUGCCCCAACAGCGUCGCAGUGGGUUUUAUAAGUAAUUUUGAAUUCACAAAUGAAGCUCGUGAUUGUCCCGAGAAGUUCCCAUCUCAAAUUACGACGAAGUUAACGUCGGAUGCGAAAGUAUUAGAUUAA